AUGCCUGGAGUAGCAGAACUCUUUGGUUCCGUCAACAGACAGCGCUGCAUCUCGUUGCUGCAGCGGCUGACACCAGUCCGACCUAGACCAGAUGGAGCCUUCGAUUCAGCUGUCCUCAUUCCUCUCUGCUAUUACGACGGCCACCAUCCCGCUAUCCUCUUCACAAAACGCAGUCUUCUCGUGCGUCAUUUCCCCGGUGUGAUGAGCUUUCCUGGCGGAAGAGUAGAGCCUAGUGAGAGUGUGGUUGAAGCGGCAUUACGGGAAUUGGAGGAAGAGGUUGGAAUCCCGCCCAGUUUUGUGGAUUCCUGGACUACCUUCGCCCCCUUCCCUACAAGGACGACACCGAGCCUCAUCCAUCCAUUAGUUGGAUUCAUCGGUAACUACGAUCCAUUAGAGGACACAAUUAGCCAACGAGUCGGCGGAUCACUACGAUGCGCUCGUCUCCGACCCAGCCCCCGUGAGGUGGAAAUGGUCGUUUUUCGCUCAAUAAACUGGCUUUUAAAUCCAGCAUGUCGAAAAUACUGUGUUUACCGUGAACGUUCGUGCCUUCCCUUCACUGGAGCGACAUCCUUUCUUGGCUCGCCCUGCUCAACUUCGCGCAAACCCCAUAAAAACGUUACUUUUUCCUUGCCUGUGUUUGGGGGCUCUCCCGGAAGCGUCGAGCUUCCUAGAAUCACAGGAGCUACGGCCCUUCUUACCCAUCAGCUUCUGACCUGUCUCUCGCCAAAGGGACUUCCCUGA